UUACUUUCUAAACGUAAGGAUUCUCACUCUUUCUGUAUCAUUUCUUGCAAUUUGUUAUAGUAUCAAUUUGUUUGUAAGCGCACCAAAUGUCUCUAUGGGCUACAGAUAUUUUCUUUGAUAACCAAAUUGCUACUGAUUUCAUAGAGAGGAUAUGAUGUAUGAUUAUUAUAUUUCUUGACUAACUACAUCACAACUUAUUAUGCUCAUUUUUUAUGGUCUUGUCCACUUUAAUUUGCAGAAAAGAGACUUAGCUGAUGCAGGGAUCUUUACUAGAAUGAUUGAUGUUGACGUUUCAGAGGAUGCGCAAAAUCGCAAAGUAAUAGGUCGGAAUACCCUAGCCCAUGUUCGCUGUUCAGGAUGUAAAAUGCUGAUCGGGUCGAAAUUUAUUGCAGUCCCCGAACCAACAGAGAAUAUUAAAGUAGGACAUUUCAGCAUGGAUUUGAACGAGCUUAUUGACUGGAAAGGUGUAACAUUGUUUAAUUCUCUGCUUGGAAUUGGAGGCGCUACUGAACAGGCUCCUGCUGGUCAAGAUGGUGGCGCCAAUGAGCAAAAUGCUGAUCAAGAUGGAGAUGCUAAUGAACGGAUUCCUAUGGAACAAGAUUUAGGCGCUAAUGAGCAAAAUGCUGAUCAAGAUGAAGACGCUAAUGAACAGGUUCCUAUGGAACAAGAUUUAGGUGCAAAUGAGCAAAAUGCUGAACAAGAUGAAGACGCUAAUGAACAGGUUCCUAAUGAACAAGAUGUGGUCGCUAAUGAGCAAAAUGCUAAUCAAGAUGAAGUUGGAGGCGCGCAAAGGAAGCGAAGGAGGACAUCGAUGUAGAUCAACUUGCUGAUGGAAUAGAUAAUAUUGAUGAAAAUGCAGUCAUUGAUAGCCUAUUCAUGCUGAUCAAAAUGCUGAAAGAUGCACAUUUUCUGAAUGGAGUCAUAGUUCAUACUUUACAAAAUGCUAAUUCAUAACUGUGUGAUAUUCUUUUUCCUCUUUUUGAUUUGGGGAUUGGAUACGUAUUAUUACUUCAGGUUGGAACAUAGCAAUUGACACUGAACCUUUUACAUGCAUACACUGAACCACCGUUCUCUGUCUGCUGCUUGGUUUAUCUUUUAAUAUUUUGAAGCAAGUCCACUGCAACUGCUAUAAGUUUUAGUUUUGUUUUCUUUAAAAAUGCAGUGACUACUGUGGGGAAUGAUGAUGUUUCUUUUAUGAGCAGAUAGCAGAGUCUACUUUUGUUUAUUCAUGUUGCUUUCUGCGUCUGUUUAAAACUAUAUCGUUAUUUGACAUCUCCAAAUCUGUUUGGUAAGAGUGUAAUUUACUGAAAUUUUCAAAGCCACACAGGAGUGUUUAUUCAUGGGGCUUUCAGGAAGCUGUUUUAGUAAUGACUACCCAGUAUAUUCCAACUAAAUCGUCAGUGCUCAAUGCUUAUUUUAUACAAAUUUGAGUUUCUGCUUUCUACUGUUCAAUUGUUUAAUAUAUUGCUAAAAAGUAACCUUCUGAAAUCUGUGAACUUGAACAGAUGUAAACGUUUGUAUUCCUUUUGUCAAGAGGAUAUC